ACAUUAUGAAGGAAUGUGCGAUAAAUAUGCCGAUAUCGAUUGGGCUAGAAAAGAAUUCACCUUUGAAACCAAGUUUCGACCGUUUGCUGCGUCAAGUGAUGGAAGCUGGCCUAGUUAGCAAAUGGUUGUCUGAUUCCAUACAAAGAUUUGAGGCAAGCAUCGAAGAGCCACCACAAGAAGCCUUGAUGGACUUGAAAAAAUUGUACGGUGUUCUAUUUGCUAUGCUCAUCGGUUACAGUGUUGCCUUAUUGACAUUGAUUAGUGAAAAUUUGUACUGGAGAUUUGUGACAAAACGAAAUCCUCUGUACGAUAAGUAUGAUGCAAUGAAAUUCUAUAGUCAAUAGUGUCAAAAGAGAGUAGAAAUAUUCCUAAAAAAAAAAACAACUUCCAGUGUUCAAAUAGCAAACAAUUAUUUUCAUUUUCAUUAAACGCAUCCAUACGAUUGUACGAAACAAACAAACAAAAAAUAAACGUCUCACGCACUCGUCGCAUGGCGGCGCUGUCACACAUCAAGGCACAACUGUCAAAUUGCGGGGAAAAUAUAAACAAUUUACAUGCAAAACAAGACGAAACCCCAAAACAAUUAAAAUAGAUUUACAAUUUUAGUGUCUUAAACCGAAAAAAAGUGAUUUUAGUCAUUCGAACGUUCGUAGUUGUUGAAAAGUUGUUUGAACAACGUUUUGUGACGUUAUAAAAUGGGCGCACCGGCCGCAAAUGUUCAGAAAGAAAUCGAAUGUGUGCUGAUUAGCGAUGAGGAGGAUGAUGAUGUGCCUGAGAAGACGGUGUCUAUAAAAUCGGGUUCGUACAGUUCAAACGACAAUAAAGUAGCCGUUGACGAACAAUCGUCCAAUUUUUUGUUGGACGAUGGCGAUGGACGACGCGUGAGCCGGCGUGUUCGCAAGAAUAAAAAUGAAAAUGAUGAUGUCAAAAAUAUCGAUCAAUCGCGGAGUGGACGCAGUAAUGGCAAUGACCACACCAAUGACACAUACAAAAACAGUCCGAACUCAUCGACCGCAAAUACAAAUGCCGACAAGAAAUACGGUAGCGGCGAAAAUCGAGCCGAAACACGAUCUAGAAAACGAGAACGAUCACCCAGCCCGACUCCAGUUGAUAAUAAAGACAAUGAUCCGAUUCAAUUCAAAGAGAUUUUGGCUGGACUGGAGGGGGCCGCAUUUCAAUCGAGGUUACCAUUUGAAAAAAUGACAUCGGGUGAAGCGUCCAGUUUUCCAGAUAUCACCAAAAAUGGCCUGGCCACACAACGAGUAUUCCUGAAUAUUCGAAAUCGAAUACUGCAAAUGUGGAUUGAGGACCCCAAAAUUCAACUUACAUUUGAAAAUGCACUGAAAAAGAUGGAAAAGCCAUUUGACAGUGAUCCCAGCUUGGUGCGAAAAAUUCACGAGUUUUUAGAACGCCAUGGUUUCAUUAAUUACGGCAUUUUCAGGCGGCUAAAGCCAAUUCCAACCAAGAAACUGGGCAAGGUCAUUGUUAUUGGCGCUGGAAUUUCAGGUUUGGCUGCCGCUCAGCAACUGCAGCAAUUCGGCAUGGAUGUGAUUGUCUUGGAGGCUCGUGAUAGAGUUGGUGGCCGAAUUGCAACAUUUCGAAAGAAUAAUUACUACGCUGACAUGGGUGCAAUGGUGGUGACAGGCAUUUAUGGUAAUCCGUUGACAACGAUUAGUCGGCAAACCGACAUGAAAAUGGUACCAAUCAAGCAGUCAUGUCGUUUGUACGGUCCGGAUGGCAAAUCAAUAAGCAGCUUAAAAGAUGAAAUGGUUGAACGAGAAUUUAAUCGACUGCUCGAGUCAACCAGCUACCUAUCGCAUCAGCUUGAUUUCAACUAUGCUGGAAACACACCGGUUUCACUUGGUCAAGCACUCGAAUGGAUAAUCAAACUACAGGAAAAACAUGUGAAAGAGAAGCAAGUGAAUAAUUUGAACAGUAUCAUUGCCAUACAACAGAAAAUCAUCGAAAACGAACAAGCCAUUUCGAAUCAGAUGGAAACGGUGCAAGAGUUGAAAAAACUCUAUGAGCAACUAGUUGAAACGCGUCCCACACGAACCAAUGAAAAUAGCACUACAUACUUGGAGCAUGAGUUCAAAGUGCGCAGUACAUUACGAGAUUGGAGCCUGGCUCACAAAGAGCUGGAAAAUUUGCAGGCAACUAAAGAGACUCUCGAAUCAAACCUCAAAGAAUUGGAGCUAAACCCACCGAGCGACGUGUACUUAUCGUCCAGUGAUCGUCAAAUACUGGAUUGGCAUUUCGCUAAUCUGGAAUUUGCUAAUGCAACACCUCUUCAGAACUUAUCACUCAAGCACUGGGAUCAGGAUGACGAUUAUGAAUUCAUUGGAAGCCAUACGACUGUACGGAACGGAUACUCAUGUGUACCAAUCGCAUUGACUGAUGGCCUUGACAUUCGCGUCAAUACGGCGGUGAAGAAAAUUAAGUAUUUCGAAGGUGGUGUUGAAGUGACGGCCGAAAAUCUGAAAACAAACAACGCCACUGUGACAUACAAGGCCGAUUUGGUGUUGUGCACUUUAACGCUUGGUAUUCUAAAGCUUGCCAUUUCACCACUGUCCACAAACCAAGAGAAUACGGUCCAAUUUCACCCACCACUGCCCGACUGGAAGCAAAGUGCGAUACGACGUUUAGGUUUUGGCAAUCUAAACAAAGUGAUUUUAUGCUUUGAUCGCAUCUUCUGGGAUGCAAACACAAAUCUGUUUGGCCAUGUUGGCAGCACGACAGCGAGUCGUGGUGAGUUGUUCCUGUUUUGGAGCAUAUCUCAAUCACCGGUUUUGUUGGCGUUGGUUGCUGGUCAAGCCGCUGCCAUUAUGGAAACUGUGUCGGAUGAUGUGAUUGUCGGCCGAUGCAUUGCCGUCCUCAAAGGGAUUUUUGGCGUGACCGCUGUACCGCAACCGAAAGAAACGGUCGUUACACGAUGGCGAGCCGAUCCAUGGGCACGUGGAUCGUACAGCUUCGUCUCGGUCGGUUCAUCUGGAAGUGAUUAUGAUCUCCUUGCCGCACCCGUUUCACCAUACGAUGAAAAUAGCCCAAGUGAACCCAACCAAAAUGAGAUGCCACGACUUUUUUUCGCCGGUGAACACACCAUUCGAAAUUACCCAGCGACUGUUCAUGGUGCUUUCUUGAGCGGUUUACGUGAGGCUGGCCGUAUUGCCGAUUACUUUUUGGGUCUCCCGACGAGUGUGCCAUCGAAUGAUGUCCUGAAUAAUCAUCAGCAAGCAACUAAAAAAAGUUAAAUGGAUUGAUACCGAAUAUUUGGAGCACAUAUUUUUAGCAUUUAAAUUGAAAGUCGUACGAAAAAGUGCAUUUAAAUCAGAACUGUUUUUUUUUUACUUUUUGCAAUAAAAGUGGACUCAUCAUUUUUUUUUUCUACUACCGUCUCAGAUAGUGUUCGUCGCACAAUAGUUUCUUUUCAUAUUUUGCACCGAUUGGAUUUUUCGAAGCAUAUUUCCAAACACUCAUCUUCGAAACAUUGAAUCAGAAUGUUAUCACCACAAAUCAUAUUAAAGAGUAGUUGAACAAUGUAAACACAAGAAAUAUGAACGUCUGAAAAUCGUCAAGAAUUUACCUUAAGAUGAAAACUUACCAUUAAUAAAAAUUGUAACAAAGCAAAGCAUCAUCAUAGCAACCAGUUUGAGGUAGUCUACAUGUACCGGAAUUUUCUUGAAUCAACUAUAUACGUGUUUUUUUAGAACAAAAUAAUGAUGUUACACAUUUGAAAAAAAACGAAGUCAAGGGUUAUAUGCCUAUAUUGUCUAUUGUGUAGUGUUUUCAAAGAAAUGCACAUUUUUUCUGAACAAACAAAAAUCAUUACCAUUCACAUAAGAACUUUUUUUUAGAUGUUUAUGUAGUUUUCUGGAAUCUCUUCGGAAGAAUCUUAAUAGCAACCAAAUAAAAGAUGAGAGCAAACAAAAUACAAAAAGUGUAUGAAAAAUGGAUUAACAA